AAGCUCCGAAACACCACAGACUUGCUACGCAUAACAGCCCCCGCCAAUCUCGUUGAUCAGCAAACCCCCUCCCUGCAAAAGCAAGGCCCCAAACAUCGCGACCCUCGCCGCCACCGCAGCCAAGACAAGAGGACAUCGCACAUCCCACUCCGUGCCACCCACCUGUCCACCGGCCCGGCAGCUUUCAACCGGUCAGGUCAGCUUCCGCAACGGGAAGAGUCCCCCUACCAAGAAGACCAGUACCAAUCAUCUCCUUCGUUCCGCUCUACUCCGUUCCGAUCCUCACGAGGUACCGGAGCCGGAGCCGGAGUCGGUCUCGGCUUGAGUUCGGGCUUCACUUCAAGUCUCCGGGGUGGAGCCGGAGGGCCAUCCGAACCAAGAUCCGGAGACGGCAGCCACGAUGACCUCCCCCAAAGAUCAUCAUCAUCAUCCACCGUAAUUCCCUCCCUACCCCCCAAACCAAAACCAACCUCCAUCCCCGAAACCCUCUGGUCCUUACAAAUCCCUCUCCACAUCACACACCAGUCACAUCCCAAGACGCCCUACAUCUGCUCGGUGCCGCGCUUCAGCUACCUCGCUUUGCUGCUGCCACGGUUGACCGCCUACUACGGUACUCCGUGCUCGAGUUUCCACCAUGAGGAAGUCCAUCUCCGUAACUUUGCGGUCGGGUUACUGGUGGAUCUAUACCAGCCGAGUGAGCUGCCAUGGAGGUUGACGGUUGCUGAUGGGAUGGAGUGGGAUAUUUGUGACACCUUUAUGAAUAGUGCCAAGGAGGUGAAUGACUACCAAGCCUUUACAAAAGUAAACACCCACCUGCUCAACGCUCCCACAGCCCUCAAAAACGUUCCCAUACGGAUCUACAUCCCUUCCUCACCACCACCACCUUCAUCAGACCAGCAACAACCCCAAAGACCCGGCGGCUCCAGCUCCUCCGGCUCUUACCGCGUGAUGCAAACCCUCGUUCCUCCACGGGGUUCAAACAACCGAACACCCCAAACCCUAGGACAAGCCCUCAAGUCCCUCCUUCCUGCCCUCUUCCCUAGCAGCCGGGACCCCGUCUUAGCCAACGUCAUUUUGCACGGAGCUCCCGUGCCUUUUAGCGCGCCGCUCGAGGAGUUGAUGAGGGACGCGGCGUAUCCGGAUGGGUGGCUUUGUUUGAUUGUUGUUUUGUUGUGA